GUAUAUAGGUGUUUGAUAAAUUGCUUCAUAGUAUCAGGUUCAAUUAAUUACAGAAUUAUAUGCUAUACCUACUAAGAAUAAUAUCUAAGCAAACGCUUAUUUGCGUAUCAACAAUUGAUUGAUACCGAUAAUAAUGUUAUACGUAAAAUUACGAUAAAUGAAAAAUGACUGACAUCACUUUUGAAGUCGAAAAUUUCAUCUCUGAGUGUUGGGCGAAUAUUUUCGCUGAGGUAUAUGAUACAGUAGUUUAUAUGGAUCAUUCUGCAAUAGAAUGCUUACAUUGGUACACAGCUGGCAAAGGUUAUUUAACGCUAAAAAAUGCAGGUGCAGUUGCAGUUUAUGAAUUUGGAAUGUAUCAAUUUCAAUAUGUUAAAGUGAAUAGUACUAAGAAAGCUGUUAUUGUGUCAACCUCUGGUGAUCCUGCAUUUUAUCAGCGAACAAUUAGAUUGAUUCUGGCAAAAAAUGCAUUUGAAAGUUGCACAGUUUACUGUGGAGCACCAUGCUGUACUACAGAUCAUUCGGAUACAUCCAUGGAAGAUAAACUAGAUUAUAUUAAGUUGAAAAAAGACAUAAAGACUUGGAUGGUUUCAGAAAAUAUUUCACAAGAACCUGCUGUUAAUAUUACUUAUAUGCCACUUUUCAUUGCUCAUUUAAAUAAGAAUCUAUUUGUGACACCUCCCUAUGGAGAUUUAAUGCCACCUUUGGAUGGAAAUAUACCAAAUGAUACAUCCUUUAAAUUAAAUCUUUUAGCAAAGUCAUUUCACAAAUUAUUUGAUAGUAUAGGUGUUAAACUAGACAUCUAUUCAGUUGGGAAAUUGAGCAGUCGCCUUGCAGAGAGUUUGGAAAGUUGUACAUUUAGCAGUGAGCACAAAAGUCAUUCAUCAAGAGUUUCAACAGGACUGUCUCUCAUUUUCAUUGACAGAACAUUGGACCUUUGUACACCUACUAGCAAUAAUACAAAAUCCUUUCUCACAAAAGUAUUACGAACAUUUCCUCGUUUGCCGCACCAUGGUAACGACAUAGCGAUAGAUAUGUCGCCCGUGAUUGGAGCUAUAACGGGAAUUCUACAAGCAUACCAAACACCGGGAUGUUUAGCGAGCAUGGAAGAAGGUACCAUCGAUCGUUUUAUUUUACAAACGGAGAAAGAGUUGUUAGCUAUUGCUAAUCAAUCUCUAAACGAUAUAUCUUCUGUAAAGGAUAGUCCAAAAUUGAAAACACCAGUGAGAAUUUCUGGGCAUAGUUUAGAGAAGGUUCUUAAUAAGAUUCAAACCAUAAAUAGCAUUGAUUCUAUGAUGAUGCAUGCAGACAAACUUCAGUGUAUCCUGGCGAUAAUUGAAACGUUAACGUCGCAAAAGGCUGGUCAACUCGAACUGCUUACUAGUUUAGAAAAGUUAGCAUUGCAAAAUCUUUCCGCCAGUCGAGAAUCAUCGAGCAUACUUAUACAACUGAGUAACAUUAUACGAACGCGACUUCAAAGAGGACUCGAUAUUGAGAAUCUGUUAGCAUUAUUGACGCAUAUUUAUGCUCUUGCGGGUACGCAAAUUCGAUUUUCCGCACAGCAAGAACGUCAACUGGAGGAGUCCAUUGCAGAUGCAAUUUUUGAAGAUUUUCAAAUGUUAAAGAAACAUCCAUUGACUAGCAAAAAGUCAACAUAUCAGCUUACUUUAUCGUUACUAGAAGUGGAAGACAUUGCUACAGCAGAAGAAACAUCGCGUAGAAUAGCAUCACGUAUAAUAUGUACACUUCGAUCAGUAGCGGAACAACGCUCCAUGCUGCAAGAUUACAGAUUUUGUAUGAUAAAACCAAGCUCUCAAGAGAUGAUUCGACACGUUAGUGUUUUAGAACAGAUAACUAAGGAUAUAAUUUGUUCAGACACAAAUCGAGAACUGCGAGAUCUUCAUCAACGACCAAGUUCAUUUAUUUCAGCUGGUUUUAACUCGAUUUUGCGAGGUAAAGCGAAACAUCAUCCUUGCGAUAAUCCUUAUGUUUUGAUAUACAUCGUGGGAGGAAUUACAGCAGAAGAAGCAAAGAUAAUUCAAGAAACGAUAUCGAUUCACGGUAAUAAAAAGUCAUCGUCUAUAAUUUUAGCAGGUUCCACCCUGUUAAAUCCUUUAGAUAUAGUAAACAAAAUAUUUUUCUGUUGAUUAUUUUAUAAUAAAUUUAUAAUGUUCGCAAA